AUGUCAGUUGCUGUUAGGGCAGCUUUGUACCUGUGCGCUGGGGACUGGCUCUCAGGCGACGGGGGAGAGGUCGAGCACAGAAGGCCAUUUGAUCUUCCCCGAAUCAUCGUCUACGCUGGCGGUGGGGGUUCUGCUCAUGCUGCCUGA